GAAUGUCUUCAGUGAAACACCUUGUUUAUGCUAUCAUCCAUUUCCUGAGAGAACAGAGUCAGAUGGAUACUUUCACAUCCGAUGAACAAGAAAGCUUGGAAGUGGCAAUUCAGUGUUUGGAGACAGUCUUCAAAAUUAAUCUAGAGGAUACCCGUCUUGCAGUACCUUCACGUUUGAUAGAAAUAUUUGCAGAUUCCUGUCAUAAGAAUGAGAUUCUGCCUCUCUCAGAUUCUUUGCCAGAGGACCUUGAAAAAGCUGAUCAGCUCAAGGAUGAAGGUAAUAAUCACAUGAAAGAAGACAAUUAUGCAGCUGCUGUGGAUUGUUACACCAGAGCUAUAGAAUUAGAUCCAAAUAAUGCGGUCUAUUACUGCAACAGAGCUGCUGCUCAAAGUAAACUGAACAAUCACAGUGAGGCAAUAAAAGACUGUGAGAGAGCAAUUGCAAUAGAUCCAAAAUACAGCAAAGCAUAUGGAAGAAUGGGAUUGGCUCUGACUUCAAUGAAUAAAUAUCAGGAGGCAAUUAACAGUUACCAAAAGGCACUGGAUCUUGAUCCAGAAAAUGAUUCUUACAAAUCAAAUCUGAAAAUAGCUGAACAGAAAUCAAGAGACAUGUCCAGUCCUACUGGAACUGGUCUGAGUUUUGAUAUGGCAAGUUUGAUAAACAAUCCUGCCUUCAUUAGCAUGGCAGCAAGUUUAAUGCAGAAUCCUCAAGUCCAGCAACUAAUGUCAGGAAUGAUGACAAAUGCUAUUGGUGGUCCUGCUGCAGGUGUUGGUGGUCUCACUGAUCUCUCAAGCUUAAUUCACGCGGGACAGCAAUUUGCCCAGCAGAUCCAGCAACAAAAUCCAGAACUCAUAGAGCAACUGCGAAACCAUGUUCGAAGCAGAUCUUUCAGUGGUAGCACUGAAGAACAUUCUUGAUUCAAGAAACAUCAAUUAAAAUAUUGUUCUACUAAUUCCAAAAGGCAUAUUGUAGCUUGUAGCAAAUAUCACCAUUGUAAUUCUUCUCAGACAUGAGAUAGAAAAUUAUUUGUGUGUAUUCCUUAUUGUCUGUUGAAAACAGAUCAUUGCACACAGAUUUGAACAUAUCAUGUAUGUUUAGUGAUGCCUUUGUACAUGGACUAUAAUUAGAACUGUUGACUUAUUACAAUCUCUAUGUCAGGGGAGCAUCUUAAUAUUAAUAAGCAACAGCAUGUGGAUUUUUCAUUCUGAGAGAAUGGAUUUUUGCAGCAUACUGUGCACUGAAAAACAGCUGGUGCAUGUCAGAGGAAUAGAAGAUGGGCUAUCACUCUUGUAUAAAGGUUAUGUAUAAAUUAUAUUUGAUAAGGUUGUUUCUUGCCCUCUAAUACAAGGCUGUGGGGUACAUAUACAAUUAUGCAUGUCUAAUUGGCAAUAAACAAAGAGUUCACUUUUGACAAAGUAUGGUUGAUUAUUGGAAUUGUUGAAAGAAAAGACAGCCUGUUUGAAUUGCUUCAGGAUAAGAUAAUAUGGCAGGUCAAAGAAAAGCUGAGUGAACAGAAGUUGGGGAAAGAUGGAUAGGUUUGGUUAUAGAAAGUGGACCAGAGAUAUUAAGCUGCAUUUAUAAUGUAAGAGGGCAGCUAAAGCCAAAUCAGUUUGUAGAGUGAUUGCUAUUGAUUAACUGCUAAGUUUGAAAAGAAGAUAUAGAGAAAUGCUUGUUCUUCUAUAUUGUUUUACAAAUGGAUUAACAUCCAAAUCUUCUAUACUAUGGGGAUGGGAGAAUACAAUUGUGAAUUCCAUCUUUAAGAGGUAUAAUUAAGUAAUGGAGUCUCCACAUAACUUGCGUUCAAUGGUUAGUAGAAGGAUGAAGUUAGAAUGGAUGUCCAGAAGUAGUACAUAAAGGAAUGUUAAAGAGAACGCUCCAGAGAAUAUAGAAUGGGGAGAAUCUGCAUAUGGAAACUCUAAAGAUCUUUCUUAUGAAAUGAUACCAUGUUCUAUAUUAAUAUAAUUUUAUAUGCAUGGUAUCAACUGUAUUUGUCAUCUGCCUGCUUGCAUAGUCCUGGAAGGUUGACUGUACAUUACAGAUCCAUUUAAGUAUUGAGAUGGCAUACCUAAGUAUAUUGUUUAAAACACUGACUAAUAUAUAAAACUGCAUUCAUCAUAGUUUUAUCCCUCUACUAUGAAUCUGAUUGCAACCCCCCCCCCCACUAUUAUUUUUCCUUGUUUCUUUUCUCCCUCCCAUUUUUUUUUAUAAUACAGAACAGAAUUAUUUAAAUCAUUUCUGCAAGAAUAGAACGGUUUAUUCAGGAGAAAGCUUUCAGUGUCACAGUAUGUUAUAUUUAGAAAACUUUUCAUGGGAGGAUAUCCUGGAAUAUUGAUUGGGUGGAAGAACAUUGACAACCUUCUGUUCCAAACAAUAAUUUGUUAAACAUUUAUUCUGAAUAUAUGUGGAAAACCAUCCUGACUCUUCCAUAAACUUUCCUCCCGUGUUUAACACGUUUUGUUGACACUAGAACAGAUUAAACUCACUGCAUUAAGUGUAUACUCUAAAAGUUGAAGAAACUGCUAACAAAUAAUAAUUUAGAAUAAGUUUGUAGUUCAGAUGUUAAUAAUUAACUCUAAAAACUGUUCUAAAUUAUACUAUGUGUAAUUAAUGUUCUGAAAUCAUUUGGUAAAUUUACUCCUAAUGCUAACUUAAUAAUUGCUGCUGUAGUGCUUACUGUUGCUAAUCUAAUUCUAAAAUGAAGAUUCCAUGUUUUUCUUAGCUACCCCACCCCUUCUAUAAGCAUGUGUUAAAAUGUCCUGUGUAUCCUGAUUCAUUGUCUUUCAAAUUCAAAAAGGUAGGUGUGUAAUACAGCACUAGCAUUUUCAUAUUCACAGUGGAGUAUUUGCCAAAUGAAUGCGUAUUUCAGAAAGUAACAUUUAAAUAACUAUUCACAUUCCACUCUAUUCCUUAUCUCGAUUUUUCAAGGAUGUAUAAUGGAUCAGUCCUUUGUUAUUUGGAAUAAGUUUAAUAAAA